AAUAUUUGUUUGCGAGUGGUGUUUCGUUUUACGCACUAGUGUAUAUAUUCCAUCAGCUUUUAAUUCCAAUAACGAUGAAAAAGCUGCAAAAAUGUUCAGUUGUAUCACGUACAUAUAAGUAUGAAUGAGAAGUAAAAAUAAAACAUUGAUGCACGGGCAGACGCAUUUAAGAAGAAUCUCUGCGCAUAACCUUACUUCUUUCAAAACAUUUGACGAUGAACUCUCCAGGAUCUCAAGCCCUAGAGGCAGCCAAAAAUAUGACAGACUUGGCUGUAUUUAAAAAACCGAUAGGUGUUGCUAAGAGGCACAAAAGAAUGCAGCCAAAAAUUUUGGAUGAAGACGCAUACAUAAAGAAAAUGGGAGAAAUUAUACAGAGAGAUUUCUUUCCACACUUAGACAGACUUCAAGCACAGAAUCAAUAUUUAGAUGCAUUAGAGCAAAAUGACGUGAAAAGGAUGAGAGAACUCUAUGAAAAAUAUAGUUCAGGACGACCGACAACUGAAAGGCCAGCCAGUCCAGCAACAUUUGAGACACCAAUGAAUAAAACUGAAUCAGAAGAUGAACAGUUGAAAGCAUCAAAAACUCCAACAGAUACGCCUGUGGCCACAAGCACGAAACAAAAGGAUAAACCAGAAACUAAAACUGGAUUAGAUGCAUAUUUGAGUAUGCACACGAGUGAAGACAAUGCAAGUUUCGAAGAAAUGAUGGUGGAGGCAGAAAAGAAACUCAAGCUUAAGUAUGCUUGGCUUUAUGAAGCUGAAGAAAAAUCAUUGGCACUGACCAAUGGGAAAGCAUCGGACACAUUAGCUAUCGAGAAUGGAGAUGAGAAACUUAAUAGAUUAGACAGUUGGAGUUAUAAAAAUAAAAAUUACAUUAUGUAUGUUCCUGAUGGAGUUGAAUUAACUCCAGAUGAAAGGAUAGACCUAGCUAAAAAACGACAAUUAGUAGUACACGAAAAUACAAGACUCAGAUCAAAUCCCUUCAAUGAGCAACAAAAUAAGGAAACCAUUAAUGAAUUGGCAAAGAAUCAGUCAAAGGCUAACGAUGGAAAAAUUGGGGUCGAUGGCAAAGAAAUUGUUAGAAAUCCAACACCUAGAGUAAAUGGAUUUAGUUUUGUAGCAACCCCGAGUCCAAGACCCGGAGAAUGUGAAAGUCCUUUGAUGACCUGGGGUCAGAUUGAAGGUACACCAUUCAGAUUGGAUGGUGGAGAUACUCCUUUAUUGAGGACAAGUCAAGGACCAUCAUUUAGAAUGGCAGAACCUCCAAAAAGAGAACAGUUGGCAUUACAAUUGGCAGAGAAAGCUGGUGAAAGGCACAGAGACAGAAAAACUAAAGCCUUGCAAGCAGCUAGAAAAUCAUUAGCGACGCCAUCACCAAGAUCAACCAUAGAUCGUUUGAGUACCAUGUCUCCAGCAGCUAGAAGAUUAGCUACACAGAAACUUCGAAUUGCGAGUACACCAACCCCACGAAGAGUUCCAUCUUCGAGGACACCAUUGAUAGGUAUCAGAACACCGAGCACUCCGCGAAUAAAUACACCAUCAAAACCGGAAAAUCACCUUGAUUCCGAAAAUAGUAUGCGAUGCGAAGGUCCUGUUCUCACCGAUAAUCUACUCAAUUUGCCUCUCCAGAGACAAAGAGCGUCGGAUUUUUUUAAUAAAUGAAACACAUAAAGAUGUAUUACAUUUUCAACACUGUGUAUUGUAUAAUAUUGUAAAUAUAUUGCUAUAUUUCUGAACGAAAAAUAUUAACUUAUAUUGUAAUUACCGACUGUUUAUAUCAUAAAAUUAAUAUUUUAUAAUAAAAUACUUAAAAAACAAAAAUGAUCUC